AUGCUCAGUGCGCCGGUGGAAGUGCAAGGGCCGACCACGCCAUUGGCGGUAGAAAUCGACCAACGGUACCUCGUCAUACCUGAGUUUACCUUGGAGAAUGGCGCAAUACUCACAAAUGCACCGGUAGCAUUUAAAACGUGGGGCACGCUCGACCGUGACCGCGCGAAUGUCGUACUUGUAAGCCAUCCCAUUUCUGGCAAUGCCAACGUCGCGGAAUGGUGGGGUCCAUUGUUUGGCCCUGGGCAUACCUUGGACCCUACACGCUACUUUAUUGUGUGUUGUAAUACAAUUGGGUCGCCGUACGGGACUGCGAGUCCGCUCACACGCAAGCACGGUGAAAUGUUCACAAACGGUGCUUGGGUGCGCGCACCGCACAUCGACAAGCCCAUGGAGCAGGAAGAGCAGAUGUGGUGGGGUGCUGAUUUCCCUUCGUCAACGGUGCGCGACGACGUUCGCCUGCACAAGUGCGUGUUGGAGUACCUCGGCGUCGAGCAGCUCGCCGCGGUGAUUGGUGGGUCUAUGGGCGGCAUGGCCGCGCUAGAGUGGCCGCUUUGCUUCCCUGUGCGCCAUCCCUCCUCUCCGAAUGCAAUGGCGGAGGCGACGCCGAAGGACAAGCCAUACGUCCGUGCGAUUGUUGCCUUGGCAUCCUCUGCACGACACUCGGCAUGGUGCAUUGCGUGGUCCGAAGUGCAGCGCCGGGCGGUUAUGGCGGAUGAAAAGUACAACCAAGGACGUUACCUCUUGCGCGACCCCCCUGAAAAAGGGCUCGCGGCUGCGCGUAUGUGUGCGUUGAUGACCUACCGCCAGCCGCAAAGUUUUGAGCGCCGCUUCAGCCGCUUGCGCGGCACAACGAAUGUCAAGAAGGCCGCCCCUCGGAAACUGAACCCUGAAGCGUCUUCGCUGAUGGAGGAGGGCGAUGAGGCGCCUUCUCCUGAUAUCCUCAAGCAGAAGCAGGAGCAGGAUCGCGAGCAGUAUGCGGUCCAGUCCUACUUGUAUCACCACGGGAACAAGUUUGUAAAACGCUUCGAUGCCUUGUGCUACAUCCAUUUGACCCAAAAGUUGGACACACAUGACGCUGCACGCGACCGUACAAGUUGGACGCAAGAUGUGGACCAGUCGAAUAGUACUGCUGUGCUUGCACAAGUGCUUCGAUACCUUGGAGUUGCGCCGGUGGCACCGCGUGUCCAAAUCCUCUCGGUGACGUCCGAUUUGCUGUACACGCCCAACGAGCAAGAAUUCGUGCACGCGAGCAUUCCCAAGUCCGCCCUUGUGCAUAUCGAAAGCCCGGAAGGCCACGAUGGAUUUUUACUAGAGUACCCGCAAAUCGAAGCUGCCAUACGUCCGUUUUUACACACCGACGUGAGCACCUCCAAGCUGUAG